AUGGCCGCUACAAAACGCCCCGCCCCCGAGGGUGAUGGGGGUGAUGGGCCUAGCCAGCCGCCCAAAAGGCCCAAGUUCAUCCCCAAGAAACAAAGAGAAAAGAAGACGAAGAAGGGGAAGGGCAAAGAGCCCGAGAUUCUCUCCGAGGGCGAGCAGGAACGUCGAAGAAUAGAGAAGAAGGAGAGGAAGGAAAGGAAAUAUGGAGUGAAGGAUAAGGAAAAGUCGAAGGCAAUGAAAGCAAAGCGCAGGGCGAGAGUCGCUGCCAGGGCUGCCAAUGCCGCCGCCGCCGCCGCCGCCAACGCUGCCGCCAAGGCUGCCGCUACCGCCGGCAAGAAUAACGACUCGGACGAGGUAAUGGAAGACCAGGAUGCGGUGGAAGUCGAUGCCCAGAAGAAGGCUGGCAAGGAGGAGACGAAGAAGCUCAAGCAAACCAAGAACGCCGAUCAGCAGGCCGAAGAGGAGACUGAGACUGACGCUGAUGACGAAGAGGAGGAAGAGGUAGAGGAGGACGAAAGUGAGGAAGAGGUAGAGGAUGAGAAGAUGGAGGAGGAAGCACCCAAGCCUAAGAAAGAAAAGAAGGAGAAGAAAGACAAGAAGCAGAAGAAGGAAAAGAAAGAGACGGAUGAGGAGGAGGCGGAGAAGGCGGUGGCUGAAGAGGAAGCGCCUAAACUACAGAAAGAGAAGAAGGAAAAGAAAGAGAAGAAGGAAAAGAAGGAGAAGAAGGAGAAGAAAGAGAAGAAAGAAAAGAAAGAGAUACAGGAGGAAGAAAAGGUAGUGGUCGAGGAGGAGGAGCAAGCGCCCAAGCCUAAGAAAGAGAAGAAGGAGAAGAAGGAAAAGAAGAACAAGACUGCGACUACGACGCCUACCGCCUCUUCCAAUACGAAUGGCUACCAGCAAACUGUCAGCCUUGACGACGUAUCGCAGGCCGACAUCGACGCCUUCCUCGAGACGAACCAAAUCACCGUCACCGACCCCAAGACGAGCGAUGACGCCGCCGCCGCGGCGCUGCGACCGAUCCUCCAAUUCUCGCACCUCCCUCCCACCGACCUGCUGACCAAGAAGGGCUCGCCCUUUGCCAACUACACCACACCCACGCCCAUCCAGGCCGCCUCGUGGCCAUACACGCUCUCCGGUCGCGAUGCCGUCGGCGUCGCUGAGACGGGCUCCGGCAAGACCAUGGCGUUUGCCCUGCCCUGCGUGCAAGCCGUCGCCGCCGUCGCCAAGCGCAGCGGCAGCAGCGGCACCACCAAGGCGGUCGUCGUCUCGCCGACGCGCGAGCUCGCCAUGCAAACGCACGAGCAGCUCUCCGCGCUCGCCGCGCUCGCGCGCCUUCGGUGCGUGUGCCUGUACGGCGGGGCGUCCAAGGACGAGCAGCGCGCGCAGCUCGGCCGCGGCGCCGACGUCGUGGUCGCGACGCCCGGCCGCCUCAAGGAUUUCAUGUCGGACGGCACCGUGGACCUGUCCGGCUGUGCGUUCGUCGUGCUCGACGAGGCGGACCGCAUGCUCGACAAGGGCUUCGAGGACGACAUCAAGCUGAUCCUCGGCAGCUGCCCCUCGCGCGAGCGCCGCCAGACCCUCAUGUUCACCGCCACCUGGCCCUUCUCCGUGCAGUCCCUCGCCUCCACCUUCAUGGUCACGCCCGUGCGCAUCACCAUCGGCCGCGGCAAGGAGGUCGAGGCGGCCAACGGCGGCGCCGUGGAGCUCCAGGCCAACACCCGCAUCACGCAGCGCGUCGAGGUCAUGGACGGCAAGGACAAGGAGUUCCGCCUGCUGCAGGUGAUCAAGCAGCACCAGCAGAAGCCCGGCCAGAAGGCGGACCGCAUCCUCGUCUUCUGCCUGUACAAGAAGGAGGCCACGCGCGUCGAGGGCUUCCUGAGCCGCAAGGGCAUCAACGUCGGCGGCAUCCACGGCGACCUGCGUCAGGAGCAGCGCACCAAGUCGCUCGAGGCGUUCAAGUCGGGCCACACGCCCGUGCUGGUCGCCACGGACGUGGCCGCCCGCGGGUUGGACAUUCCCGAGGUCAAGCUUGUCAUCAAUGUUACGUUCCCCCUGACGAUUGAGGACUACGUCCACAGAAUCGGACGUACCGGCCGCGCCGGCAAGACUGGCGAUGCCAUCACGUUCUUCACGGUGCAGGACAAAGCCCACUCCGGCUCGCUCGUCAACAUUCUCAAGGGCGCCAACCAGCCAGUACCGGACGAACUGCUCAAGUUCGGCACCACUGUCAAGAAGAAGACGCACGACAUGUACGGAUCCUUCUUCAAGGACGUCGAUAUGAACCAAAAGGCGACCAAGAUUACCUUUGAUUAG